ACGGAAGGUCAGGAUAAAGAAGAGUCUGUGACGGUAGGAGGGCAAUUUUUGGAAAAAGUGGAGCCUUGCGGUUUGGCUGAUCAAUUUGUGGUUUCAGUGUGGGUGAAAACAGAGUUGGUUGCUGUGGAAUCGGUGAGAGUAACCAAAAGUGGUCUGUUGAUAAUUGUUUGUGUUUCUGUUGGUCAGAGGGAGCAAGUGCUCGGUGUUAAAUGAAUGGGGACAAGAGAUGUGAAUUGUUUUACUCUCAAUAAAAGGGCUCAAUUGAAGGGCUCAAUUGAAAGGAGUGAUUACUAAAGUAGCGGUAAAUGUGAAAGUUGACCAACUGAAGGGGAUGUUUGUUUGGUGCGAAUCAGACCGGGUGGCGUGAGUGGUGAAACAGUAGAGCCGUUGUCUGUUCUUUUGAGUUUUGAUGUUGAGUCUUUGCCCGACAAAGUGAUGUUAGGAUAUGUUAUCCUGUACGAGCUUUUGUGCCGAAAUCCAUUUCGUUGUUACAGGUGUCAAGCUUAUGGGCAUGUUGUAGGAGUGAGGUUCCUAGGUGUGAGAAUUAUGCAGAAGGACAUGAGGGAAAGGAAUGUGUAACAUUGGGGAAAGUAGUGGUAUGUGUUAAUUUUAGGGGUGCCCAUGGGACUGGAGAUCAGAAAUGUCUGAUGUGAGAAAGGCAGGUUGAGGUUUCCAGGGUAGUGUAGAGGACACUGCCUCGUAUGCUGAGGCAGUGAAGAAAGUUUAGGAAGAUGGGGUCAACGGGGAUGGAUCCUGAGAUGAGUAGUGUUGUUACUAGUAGAUCUGUACCAGUACAGAGGGAAAUACCAAUAUGUGAUAUGUUUCAGUAAGAUUGCAUUUUUAGCUUUUAUUGCAAUGGUUAUCAACUGUACUGGAGGGAUGGAACGUAAGUCGCAGAAAAGUAAGGUUAUGGUGGCACAGAGAGGUAUUUGGGUGUACCAGGCUUGACGUCAGAAGAGUUACAGGAUGUGUUGAGUGGUGGUGUCCAGUCCUUUCAGACUGUUGGCCUGAGGUAGGACUAUAUAGAUUUAAAUAGCGUAGUAGGGUGGUGGAUUUUUUAGUGUUUGGUUAGAUGGUAACGGUAUUUGUUUGUUUCUUUUUUAAAAUUGAUUCUCAAGCAAGGUUUAGUGGGGUUUUACUCCCUUCUAGUAGGUGGCGGUAAUGCAACAUUUAUUGGAUGCCAACCUCCGUUAAACCUCAUCAAAUAAUACAUAUGUAUGUUAUUUACGAUGAGCAGUUCCCCACAUUUAGGGGAAUUAUGAGUUUUCAACAGGGGAUUACGGGUGUAAUCAUUAGUCCAAACAAUUGCGAAACGAAACGAGAGUUUAUUGGAUAAAUUCAGGUAGGUCCCGCCCACUUCGUUCCGUUUGCUUCCGGUACGAACAAAAACUGCACUGACAUUAUUAUCCUUAUGACGUUACUCGUAAUAAUACAACUUCUUCAUUUACGUGGCAUCUGAAUUGUUGCAGAAUACAAACUGCUCCAUUUGGGUUUUCUAUACAUCUUCUAAAUUGUAUCGAAAUGAUUUGAGCUAUUUUCAAAUGUAUUUUAAAAGCAACUUCAGUUAUAACUCAUUCAUUCAUGAAGAUCUAGCUGUAAUUAUAGAAUAUGAGGCAUACUGCAUGCAUGAUUUCAUUGCAACUGCUGUAUAGUGUGAUGUCUGAUAGUAAAGUGUAAAUACAGGAUAUUUUAAACAAUUGACUGAUUUAUAUAUGACCUCAAUAUAGGUUAUUGAAAUGUCAUUCACAUACUUUGGUCCGCAACCUGUCUGUCCACAGCUAAAUCCACAAUAAACGACAAGUAGUGCUGUUGCUUCUGAUUGGGUUAUUUAAUAAUCAACAUUUAACGUGAGAGAUGGCGCAUACGGAAGGACUGGAAAAUGCAAUGGGAGAGUGUUCAGGAAAACAGGGCUCGACUCUUGGCCUGAGAAGUCGACCAUGCUCCAGCGAAAGAGAUGGCCAGGUCCGCGUUGUUAAAGCCUCGCUUCAGAAGAGACUCGGACCUUACGAGCCGGUGUUGACCUACCUACAGUCUGUUCUGGUGUGGGAAAGGCCGUUUCAGAGUGUGCUACUCUUCACAGUGGUCAACGUUGUGUUCUGGUUCUUUGCCCUGACCUCGCUGCGCCUGCUCUUCCUGCUGUCCUCUGGCCUGGUUGUAUUCAUCUGCGUUGACAGCUGGAGGAACAAGAUCUGGCCUGAGAUCAGAGUUAAAAAACCUGAUGAGUCUGAAAAUGAAAGCUGGGGCCUGGUGCAGCCAGGGGUGCUCAGUGUUCCAGAGCUGUGUCACCACAUUGCUGAGGUCUGGGUCUCUGGGCUGGCCUUCACAUCCAGCCUGGUGCAGUUCAAACGCCACAACCCUGGCAAGUUCUGCCUCCUGACCUGUGCCCUCUUGACCUGUCUGGUCAUGGUUGGACGGUACAUUCCUGGACUGGUGCUCUCUUACUCUGCAGUGCUGGUUGUUCUGCUGUGCCCCCUGGCAGCGUACCACCGAGUGUGGCAGCGUGUGUGCAAGAAGCUGGAGCCGGCCCUGCAGUGGCUGGACUUCAGCGUUCGCGGGUAUAUGAUGUCAAAGCCCAUCGACAACCAGUUCCUCCGCAAGCCAAUUCGAGGUGCAGCAUCCGGUGAUGCCAGUGACAGUGAGGAGGAGCUUGCUGCAUUCUGCCCGACGUUUGACGAUGCUAUAGUGGCCAAAGAACUUGCGAUGACGGACUCUGAGCACUCUGACGCUGAGGUCUCGUACACAGACAAUGGGACCUUUAAUCUGUCCCGUGGCCAGACUCCUCUCACAGAGGGCUCAGAAGAUUUUGAUAGACACAGUGACAAUGAGGAGUCGUUUGCACGAGACCUCAAUGACUUCCCCUCCAUCAACCCAGACGCCACCCUGAUGGACGACGACGACGACUCCUGCAUCGGGCUGCCCAGCCUGGGUCUUCGGUCUGGGCGGACUGGCCCCCGAACCACGGCCGAGCUGCUGGAUGUGGAAUCCCACCUGGACUCUGACCAGGACGACCUGGACGAGGAGCUCUCCUUCGGCGGCCUCCCCCCUGCUUCUGACUUCCUCGGAGGUGACCUGGCUGGAAUCAUCGCUAGCAACAUGAUUCAGGUGGCAUUGGCUGGUGCCAUGCAGCCUCGUCCCCCUGCCGCCCGCAGAGAGAGGGUGGGGCCCAGAGCAGGGGCCCAUAGGGGCUACCGCAAGCAGUCUAGCUCGGAGCUGGACACGGACUUGGACGGAGAGGACUUUGAGAUGCUGGACCAGUCGGAGCUGAACCAGAUGGAUUCCUUUGGGGGUGCAGGAGGACGGGGAGCAGGGCAGGGUGGGGGACAGGGCUCCAGCUUCCUCUCCAACCUACUGGGGAAACCACAGUGAGGCGCCUCUACCUGUGCAUAACAAUCAAACUAAGUAUUUGUGUGUGAUUGAGUGAUUGGAAUGUUUAUGGAUUGUUCUGACUGCGUGUAUGUGUGAGUCAUUUAAUUGUAGGAUCCAGCAGCCAGGCUCCUGAUUGGCCUCAGUUGAUAUCACUGUGAAGUACUUCUGAUUUCUAUCUCACUUUUCAAUGUCUUCCUUUAGUCUGUAGCUUGUAUGUGUAAGCCACCAUCAUCCAGAAAGUCUUCUUUUGCAGGCUGAGCAAUAGGAAACGCAAUGUAAAAAAAAUCCAUCUGUUUUUGAAACAGCAUUACAGAACCACUUCUCUGUCCUGUCAUCCAGUAUGCCCGAGUGAGUAAUACGUUUUUUUUUUUUAAGUCGACCACUAGGUAGUAUACACAUUUCCUAAAAUGCUAGACACACAGGGCUAUUUAAUAUGGGACCAAGUAUGACAUUCCUGUUGAUUAGUGAAGUUUUACAACUGCAAUGACCUUGUUUUGAAUAGUUUUAGCAAUAUCUGACUAGUACUCUUUUAGUAAAAACCACUGCUUUAAUUUUAAGACACUCAUUCUCUAUUAGAAAGCAAGUAAAUAUUAAUGGUGAUUUUUUUUUUUUUUUUUGAUCAUUCUUGAUUGAGACAUUAAUUUGUUUAGAGUCUGAAAUCAUUGUUUUAAAGAAAGGGGAUUGGCAUUUCAGUUGUGUUUUACUGUCCCCCCCCUGAAUGUUUCUUCCCAAACCAUUGGUCCUGUUUUGUUUGCUGUACUUCUGGGUAGAUCCGUGAACGUGGGGUUGCCUCCUGUGUUCUCCAUGUGUCUUGAAUGAGCAGUCAUGGGCUAUUUAGAUAUUUUUGUCUUUGUCAUCACAAUAAGUAACUUUAUCAAGUUAACCUGCGCCCUGUAUCCCUUCUCCCGUGGCAUUCCCAAUCCCUAUCACCAUCUUCACUCAUUUUUGCCGAUCCUUCUCAGAGGAGAAUCUGUAGAAUAGACAUGCAUAUGUAAGAAGUACAGAAUAUAAACCUUUUAGUUUAACCUCUAAACUCAUGCAUGAACCACAUUUUGUAAACGUCUUAAGAAAAUCAUCAGGAAAACAUGUUUACAUUGAUGGGUGAACAAAAUGCUGGUAUACAAAACUCAACCCGAUUAGCCUUUUUUUAAAGUGUGAAUAUGUAAUAUGCUUGUCUUUUAAAAACUAGGGUGCAGUAAAUGUUAGCCUUUUUUUUUUGUGUGUGUGUGCAGGUCAGCAUGAUUAACCUGCGAUGGGCAAACAAGCUCCUGCUGCUUUUGUCUUUUCAUGGACACAAUCUAAUAAAUCUAAUUCUUGGUCAAUGAAACUGAAAUGACCCACAGGUGGGUUUUGCUGACGUAGCUGGAUCAAACAAUCAGAAAGAGACGAUGCUGUUUUUUAUAUAUAUAUAUAUAUAUAUAUAUGACAAAUUGCCCAAUAACGCUAUUUGUGUUGUAUAGAAAAUCAUGACUGUGGGAUUACCUACAAUAGAACUUCUAGAUCCCCUGUUCAUUGACAUGGCCCAGAAAACAAUCUGUCUGAUCUGAAAAGGUUUGGGAUUUUAAUCAAAAAGAGUGAAUGUACAUGACUUGUUUUGGAAAACUUUAGUUUAAAUAGGGCUUGUUGCAGUAUUGGUUCAUGAAGACGGCCAGGCAAUUCUUCAUCCUUAGUAUUAUGUUCUAUAAAUGUGUUCAUUUUUUUUUUUUCUCUCUCUGACAUUGGUUUUGAUGUGCAAAUCUUAUUAAAUAUGAAGUCUGGAUUAAA